AUGGCCCUCCGGCGCUCCGCACGCUUAAGCGCUGUGGCCAACAGCGUACAACCAACCAUCCAAGCGAAGAAGACUAGCAGAGCUCAGCAAACCAACGGCAUCACCAAAACACGAAAGACCUCCACAAAAGGGAAGAAGACCGUGGGGUUGGCUCUAGAACGGACUCUUGAGAACCCAAACCCGAGCAAAACAGCAAAAGCCGACCCGGCCAAACAAGAAAAACCCAAUAACAUUUUCGAUCCUUUACCCGCUGAUCGUAGUAUCAGCAGGCUACACUCCACACCCCCUCCCCUUGACCGUCCCGUUGAACCUCAUAGAACAAAUGCGACCCUCCUAACACCUCACGGUUCUUCACUGGUUGCCUACCCGCCCGGUACUGAGGAUGCCUCGCCUAGCAAAACCGGCCGACCACGUCCGACAGCCACGACCGGUACACUUCUCGAGAAAGCCAUCGCGCAUUUAAUCGCUACAGACUCCCGUUUGGAACCGGUUAUAAGGCAACAUCCGUGUCCGCUCUUUUCGCCAGAGGGUUUAGCAGAGGAGGUCGAUCCUUUCCGAAGUCUGGUGGUUAGCAUCAUCGGACAGCAGGUAUCAGGCGCUGCGGCGAAAUCAAUUAAAAAUAAGUUCGUGGCAUUGUUCAACAGCAAGGGUAGCGGAGAUGAUACACUAGAGGCGAACCGAUUCCCGAAACCCGAAGAGAUAAUUAAGUGUGAUAUCGCGACACUGCGGACCGCUGGUCUCUCUCAACGGAAAGCUGAAUAUAUCCAGGGAUUAUCGCAGAAAUUCGCAAGUGGCGAAUUGAGUGCCCGAAUGCUGUUGAAUGCGAGCGAUGAAGAGCUUCUUGAGAAGUUGACAGCUGUUCGGGGCUUGGGCAAGUGGUCCGUCGAGAUGUUUGCUUGCUUUGCGUUGAAGCGCAUAGACGUCUUCUCGACCGGUGAUCUGGGUGUGCAAAGAGGAUGCGCAGCUUUCAUAGGGAAAGAUGUGAGUAAAUUAAAGGCAAAGGGGGGCGGUAAGUUCAAGUACAUGGCAGAGAAAGAUAUGUUAGACCUGGCUGCGAAAUUCGCUCCAUAUAGUUUAUUUAUGUGGUACAUGUGGAGGGUAGAGAACGUGGAUAUCGCGGUCUUGACUACUUAG